CGUUAAAAUAAACAAAUCUUUCAAAUUUCCAAACUUUAAUACAGAUUAUAUUAGGAUUAAUUACAUUUCAUUAAUCAAAUUUAUUUUAAUUAAUUACUAAAAAGCAUUUUUCUUGCUUUAAUUUCUGUUGCGUCUUCUUCUUCUCAUUCUCUCCUUCUCUCAGCUCUUAUAUACUGUAAUAUUUGUGGGGAGUAGUGAGGGGAGAGAGGAAGGUGAUUUUGAAUAGAUUUAGGUACCGCCUAUUUGAUGAACUUGGUAGUUUUUGCCUUGGUGUUGAGUGAUUGAGAAGUUGAUUUGGCACCGGAUUCCUUAUCCGAGUUUCGUGAUCAACACUUAUGACUCAUACUGAAGUGGGAAGAAAGGUGAAAUUGUGUUAAUUGGUUUAUGAUAGAUGGAGUUUGUGGAGGAGAUUCCGAAAGCAGUUAGUAUGCCGUUAAUGAUUGGCAAUCUUGUUAGUGAGGAUAAGGCUAUUAGUACGCCUCUGCAGCUUGCUGGGCUUGUGCUGAAAGCGAAUUCGUAUAGCCUGUCUCCGGAUAGACCUGAAACAAAAGCACUCUUGGUGCCUAGUACUGUUGGGAAUAAGGUUUUUAAUUGCAAUGAUCAGCCUGCCAAACUCAGUACAUCUGUAGAAUCUUUCUGUGUUAAGAAUCACAAGGAAGAGCCUGAAUUACUGAGGGUGGUGGUCUCCAAUCAUAGUUCUGGUGUUUCUAAUGAUAUCAUUGGUCAGGAAAACGGGGAAGAAGAUUUUGUAUCCUACUCACAGUCUUUGGCUAGUGAAAAUAGCAGCAAUUAUGGUGAGGAAUCCCUAGUUGUCGAGUCUAAUUCUGAUGCAAACUCACCAGCCUCAAGUGAUACCGAGAAGAACACCCAAUCAUUUGCCCCCCAAAAGUAUAAUACUAUGGGAUCAAAUUCAAUGUCGAAGCCUGUUAGAGAUGUGUUUGCAGUUGCAGAAGAUCUUGAUGUGGACGAUACUCGUCGACAUGAUCGAAAUAUGACGAUGGGUCUUCUUGAAGCAUCGCAUGAUAAGAUCAACAGAACAAAGAGCAGCCAUUGCAUAUUUGAAAUGGGUUCUAUACCUCUUUGGGGUUUCACAUCUAUCUGUGGGAGGAGACCAGAAAUGGAAGAUGCUCUUGCUGUUAUACCGUGUCUCCAAAAGCUUCCAAUAAAAGUUUUGGCCGGAGACCACAUAUUGAAUGGAAUGAGUCAGACUGCACAUUUUUAUGCUGUCUAUGAUGGACAUGGAGGUUCUCAGGUUGCUAAUUAUUGCCGAGAUCAUCUCCAUGUUGCAUUGUCUGAAGAGAUAGAAUUUAUGAAGAGGGGUUCCCAAAAUGGAAGUUUUCUAGAUAACUCAGAGGAGAAAUGGGAAAAAGCAUUCUUUCGUGCUUUUCAUAAAAUUGAUGCUGAGGUUGGAGGAGUUCAUCAAGACCAUGCUGGUGUGAAUGAUGAUUCACCUGAGACUAGUCUUGAACCCAUCGCACCUGAGACUGUUGGGUCAACAGCUAUUGUGGCUGUUGUUUGCUCAACACAUAUCCUAGUAGCUAACUGUGGUGAUUCAAGGGCAGUGCUAUGUCGUGCAAAAGCACCCAUGCCUUUGUCAGUUGAUCAUAAACCUGACCGAAAAGAUGAAUUGGAUAGGAUAGAAGCUGCAGAUGGAAAAGUCAUACAAUGGAAUGGCUACCGUGUUUUUGGUGUACUUGCAAUGUCAAGGUCAAUUGGGGAUAGAUAUCUAAAGCCGUGGAUUAUUCCAGAUCCAGAAGUAAUGGUAAUUCCUAGGUUGAAGGACGAUGAUUGCCUCAUUUUAGCUAGUGAUGGCUUAUGGGAUGUGCUGACGAAUGAAGAAGCCUGUGAAGCAGCACGAAGGCGAAUUUUGCUGUGGCAUAAAAAGAAUGGAGGCAGCAUGUCCCUGGAGCGGGGAAAGAGUAUUGAUCCUGCUGCUCAAGCUGCAGCCGAUUACCUUGCCAAGCUUGCUUUACAAAAGGGUAGCAAGGAUAACAUCACGGUUAUCGUGGUGGAUUUGAAACCUCAUAGGAAGUUGAAAUGCAAAACUUAGAGGUAACACCGCCCUAUUUGAGAGUGGAGUUAGUAAUAUUUUUUACAAUCUUUUUACUCAAGUCUUAGUUAUGAGGUUUUCUCUUUGUUUUUUCUUUAGACAUGAUAUAGAAAUAUCAUCUGAGCUAUAUGGUAACAAAUAGCCAAGUAGCUCCGUAUAGUUUUUGUAAGGAGCUCCUGGAGUAGCAUGAUGUAUAUAUGUUAUGUAUACCCAAUUAGUGGAGUGGAUGACAUAAAAUGUCAUGCACGCGCUGAUAGUUUGAUAAUUAGCCUAAAGGGAUCAAUAAAUUGUGCAUUUUUCUUUGCUAAGGUAAUUGAUUAUUGAUUGUGAUAGUUAUAUUCACAAAUGAGAA